AUGGCGUCUCCGGCUCCCGGAGAGGCCAAUUUGAGCGGGCAAACUCGCUCUGCUACUGCGGCUGCCUGUGAGGCAUGUCGCAAGUUGAAGGUUAGCCAGGAUGCCAGCGAGAAGAAAGUUAUGUUUUGUUUAUCUGCUGACAAGUACCGGCAGAUGAGAUGCAUCCGCUCCAAUAAUCAGGAACGCAACGACGGCUCGACUGAGCCCUGCGAGCGGUGCAAAAGAACCAAUCGUGCUUGCAAUAUCCCGAAGCCUCGGCCACUGGGUAGAAAACGAGGCGCUAGGAAAUGUCCCCUGGCGUUCAGUCCCCCCAAAGGAUCUAGCGCCCCUUUUACGGAAUCUGUCCAGAUGGCAAUCCAAGACUCCGCGUGUCGGACCGACAUCGUCUCACCGGCGGCCUAUGCUCCCUGCAGUGAAUUAUCUCAACCAAGCCAAGAGCCAAUCAGCAAUCCCUUAGCAUUGCUUGCAGAUGCCUCCGAUGCUGCCCAAGCUCUGGAGCCGCUCUCACCGCCAGCACAUACGUCCCCUGCUUCGAAUGGUGCCCCAUCCACCACCCAACAGAUUCACGGCCUAACCGCUGAUGGACGUCUCGGCCGUCGCCUUCUGAGUCGGCCAGGUUACGUGUCUCUUGGAUUACAACUUGACCGAGAGAGUCUUGAGCAGGGGUUGGAUGCCCUGUUGGCUCCAAGGGAGAACGGAUCCCAGUAUUCGAAUUAUUUCAAAUCGCCAGCUCGGAUGCCGCUCCGUGAUAUAGGACCUGACCUAGAUCCGGUAGAUCUCGGGCUAGUCACGAUGCAAGAGGCAUACUAUUUGUUUCCAAUAUAUUUUACCCGCUUGCAUCCCGUCAACGGCAUUCUCGAUCCGAUUCUUCAUACGCCUGACUUUGUACGCUCUCGCUCGGCACUACUCUUUACAUGGAUUCUUGCACUUACAGCACAAUUCGACCCUGCGUCAGCCUCCAUUGCAAAGCGACUUCGGCUUCAUGGAGAAAAGCUCUCCAAAUACGUACAUACAUGUGGCUACAAAUCAGUCGAGAUCGUGCAAGGUUACUACAUAUGCUUACUAUCCGCCACUCCAGCCGAAACAUUGGCGGAAGAACGCUCCUGGCUCUACACAAUGUAUGCUUUUGGGGUAGCCGCCGAACUGGGAUUGGAUCACGAAUCUCAUCCCCGGAAUGAGGAUUCGCGGCCAUCACACCAUGUCUUUGCUUCGCAUGUUGAGCAGCGAAAGAAUGACCUAUCAGCCUUGCGCCCAGGAGAUACGCUACCUCAAGCUGCCUUUGAUCACGCAUUCGAAGAUUCCGUAUACGGACAACGACUGGCCCGUAACCGAGAACGAACAUGGCUACGAAUAUUACUAUGGGAACGGGCUAAUAGUGCGGCACGUGGGCGCACUAAUAGCUUUCCUGAGACAGAGUUGACGCAAAAUAUUGAAAGCUGGUGGCUGCAUCCACUCGCAAGCCCGACUGAUAAGCACACAUGCGCCUUUAUCACAUUACGGCGGAAUCUGGCAUCUCUACAGGGUGAUUUAAGACGCCAGGCCUGCUUGAUUCAUUCUGAACCGCACUGGGUACGAGAUUUGGUUGAUGCAACCUUACAACCCUGGUGCGAGACAUGGUUGCCAAAUUCCCUUGUCAAUGUGUCUACAUCACCAUCCGAGCAGCUUUCCAACAUUUUUCUGACUUAUGUUUACAUGCACGGAAGGCUUUGGACACUGUCGUUUGCGCUACACAGCUCCAUAAAUGGCGGUCGAGAUCUGGACGAAAUCCACCAGGACUGUUUCGAAGCAGCCGUAAAAUGCUGUGAAGUUGCAGUGCGCGAUUUACAAGCUGUUGGGGAGCCAUUAUAUUGCAUGCUAGCUCCAACAUGGGCGAUGAUUUCUUAUGCCGGUGUCCUCGCUCUCAAGCUGUUCCCAACGCUGUUUGAGCCCCGGGUUGGCUGCGAAACAGAACUCUUAGCCUUGCUCAGCCAGGUAGCCCUCCAGCUUGAGCGUGCCGGCACGAACCCCUCGCAUCGCUUCGGCAUCGCAGCAUUGCUUGGACAACAUCUUAUGAUGAUUCUACGUGCGCGCUCUGCUGAUCUCCGAGACUACACACAGUACGGGAAUGGCCAGUCCGAUUUAACCUACGAUCGCAACUAUGAUGCACAAAUUCCCAUUGUCAGACAUUACGAAGCAGCGGGAAAUCUUUCUUGCGACCCGCUUGUCUCUAAUUAUGAUCCUUUCUUGACAACUGUGGACAUGUCAAUGCAGGGAGAUCUUACCGGAGAAGGAUUUGCGGAUCUUUUCAGAGAGUUGUUUGGGCCUGGUUUUGGUGGUGUCUUUUGA